AUGCGUUUCAUCAUCUCCAUAUUCGCGUUCUCUGCGGCUCUUGCAUCUGCUACGGAGAUGGCUUCCAUACUCGAUGAUGCAUCUCCUGCACCUGCUGGUGCAUCUCCUACACCUGUUCAACAGAUCUGCUCGGACUUCAUUGACCGUUGCAAGCAAAACGGGGACCAAUGCUCGACCUUCUGCCAAAAUGCAGAGACCAAAGAGCUUAUUUCUAUAUAUGAGAAGUUUUGCCUCAAGGUCGGAGAAGAAUGGACUUGCAGCGGGCAGCAGCCAAACCCCGGAACUUAG